AUGUCUGUCUCUAAGAUCGCUGCUGUUCUUCUCAGCUCAGCCGCCCUGGUCGCUGGUCACGGAUACGUGACGGGAGCCGUUGUCGAUGGCACAUACUACACUGGAUACCUUGUCAACCAAUACCCUUACAUGAGCAGCCCUCCUGACAGCAUCGCUUGGUCUGAAACCGCUACCGAUCUGGGUUUCGUCGACGGCAGCAGCUACUCUAGCGGCGACAUCAUCUGCCACAGGGGUGCUAAGAAUGGUGCCCUCUCUGCUGAGAUCAAGGCCGGCGGGAAGGUUGAAUUCCAAUGGACUGAAUGGCCUGAGUCUCACCACGGACCGGUCAUUACCUACAUGGCCAACUGCAAUGGUGAUUGCGCCUCAGUUGACAAGACCACUUUGGAAUUCUUCAAGGUUGAUGAGAGUGGUCUGAUCAGCGACACUAAUGUCCCUGGCACCUGGGCCUCCGACAACCUAAUCUCCAACAACAACAGCUGGACCGUUACUGUUCCCAGCAGCAUCGCCGCUGGCAACUAUGUCAUGCGUCACGAAAUCAUUGCCCUUCACUCCGCUGGAAACAAGGACGGUGCCCAGAACUACCCUCAGUGCAUCAACCUUAAGGUUACCGGUGGUGGCAGCGACACUCCUUCAGGUACCCUCGGCACUGCGCUUUACAAGGACACUGACGCUGGCAUCCUUGUCAAUAUCUACCAGAGCCUGAGCUCCUACGACAUUCCUGGGCCUGCUCUCUACACUGGUGCUUCUUCUGGCAGCUCCAACAACGCUGGUUCCGCCUCGUCUACCGCCGCUGCUUCUUCUGCCACCGCUACUAGCGCUGCUUCCGGUGCCGCUCCCACUGCCACCAUCACUCAGACCUCUACUGCCGUCCAGACUAGCUCUGCGACUGUUUACGAGUCCUCUACCACCACCGAGGCUGUGACCGUCACCAGCACUCCUGCCCAGCAGAGCUACGUCCAGGCUCCUACCUCCGCGCCUAGCUCCACCGCCGCUGCUCCUGCCGCCAGCUCCAGCUCCAGCGCCACUCUUCCUAGCGGCAGCAGCCUGACCGAGUACUUCAACUCUCUCAGCGCUGAGGAGUUCCUCAAGGUCCUCAAGGAGACCUUCUCCUGGCUGAUUACCGAGAAGGUGCACGCUCGUGAUCUCUCUGCCUAG